UUGAUAAAAAAAAUGGCUAUCGAUAUAUCUUGUCGUUUAAUACUUAGUAUUAUGGCAUUUUUUAUGUUUUUUGUUACGCAAAUGAUUCGAUCCAAUUUAUACAUUGCAAUUGUUGCAAUGAUUGAAUACAAGAAUAUCACUGUUAUUAAUAACUCAACAAAUGAUGAAAAUAAAUUGUACUGGGAAAAGAAUUACAUUGGUAUACUACAAGGGUCAUUUUAUUGGUGCUUUUGGAUAACUGAAUUACCAGGUGCAAUAUUAGCACAACGUUUUGGUGGACGUAAAAUUCUUGGCACAAGUAUAUUUAUAGCGGCUAUUACAAAUUUUAUAUUUCCAACUGCAGCAAAAACUCAUCCACUUUUAGCAUCUGUUGUGCGUGCAUUACAAGGUUUAUCACUUGGGGUAACGUGGCCUGCAAUGCAUAACUUAUCUGGAAAAUGGAUUCCAAAGAAUGAACGAAGUAAAUUUAUGACUACAUACCAAGGAACUGCAAUAGGAUCUGCAAUAAGUUAUCCUAUGAAUGGUUUAUUAAUUGAAGCAUUCGGAUGGGAAAUUGUAUUUUAUUUAACUGGCGUUGUGACAUUAGUUUGGACAAUUUUUUGGUGGAAUUUAGUAUAUGAUUCACCAAGCAAACACCCAAGAAUUUCUGAAGCAGAAAAAGAAUAUUUACAGAAUGAAAUUUCACAAAUUGAUAAACAUAUUAAAUUAAGAACACCAUGGAGAUCAAUAUUAAGAUCAAUGCCAUUUUGGGCAGUAUUAAUUGCGUCUCAAGGUGUGAUUUGGUGUGCAAUUACAUUACAAAUGCAGUUACCCAUUUAUUUUGAUCAAAUUCAUAAUUUAAAUAUUAAAACAAAUGGUUUAUUACUUGGCAUACCUGACAUUUUUAAAUUUUUCUUCAGUUGUGUAUUUUCAUCAAUUAUGGAUUAUCUAUUGAAAAGUAAUAAACUAUCACUGACAGUAAUCAGAAAAAUUGCAGUUGGUGUAAGUGAAUUAGGUCCUGCUACUCUGUUACUAAUACUAGGAUAUUGGGGUUCAACAAGUCCUGUAAUGGCAAUGAUUAUAAUUACGUUAAUAGUAUCAUUUGGUGGUGCUUGUUCCUCAGGGAAUUUAGCAAAUAUUAUUGAUAUUGCUCCAAAUUUUGCAGGUGUUAUUUUAGGUCUAAUACAAACGCUUUGCGUAAUUUCAGGAGUUUUAUCACCGAUUAUUGCUAGCGCAAUUUUAUCAAAUCAGAAUUCACCAAUUGAAUGGUUUUUUGUUUUUGGAAUAAUUGCGAGUAUACAAAUAAUUACUUAUACUGUAUAUUUGAAAUAUGGUUCUGGACAAAUACAAACUUGGAAUGAACCAAUUAUAAAUAAAUGUUCAGAAGAUGAAACACCUGAAUUAAAAAGUUUAACUGAAAAUUAACUUUGUAAACGAUUUGUUUAAUGCAAAAUAUAACAUAAUAAGAUCUACUAUCAUAUUCAUUUAUAACGAAAUAUAAGGAAAAAGUAGUUUAAUCAAUCAUUUAUUUUCAGCCAUAAUAAUAUUUCAUUGCUUGGAGGCAGGGCCCGAUGUAGCUAUUUAACCACUCCGGGCAAUAAAUAAAUUUGCCGCCCUUACAUUUGCUUGGAACUUGAUACAUAAAUUUAAUCUAGGAAAAUACUUUAAAUGAAAAAUAUUAGUUUCAAAGGAAAAUAUCUUAUACCGCCAUCGAAUUCGAUCGAAGUUUUCAGGUUCAAUUAAUACCUCACUCUGUUUCAUAACU